AUGGGAGCUGCUGCAUCUACCUACUCUCUCUUUUCCUCCGUAUUCGAUCGUCUCCUGGGUGGAAACAAGGAAUACCGCAUUCUCAUGCUUGGUCUGGAUGCCGCCGGCAAGACCACAUUGCUCUACCGACUCAAGCUCGGUGAGGUGGAACAUACGGUGCCUACCAUUGGUUUCAACGUAGAACAAGUGCAGUACAACAACAAGAUCUCAUUCGUGGUCUGGGAUGUCGGUGGUCAAGACAGAUUAAGAAUGCUUUGGAGACAUUACUAUGAAAAUGUUCAGGCAUUGAUUUUUGUAGUGGACAGCGCGGAUAUCGAUCGAUUAGAUGUCGCCAAGAGCGAGCUGCAGAAACUUGUAGCGGCCGAAGAGUUGAAGGAUGCCAUCAUUCUGAUAUUCGCGAACAAGCAAGAUUUGCCUGGUUGCGUCAAGGCAUCGGAAAUGGCUCCCAAAUUGAAUUUGCCUGCCAUGAAGAAUCAGUGGUUCAUUCAACCCUGUGUGGCCACUGAUGGACAAGGAUUGUGCGAAGGACUCGAUUGGCUGUCUGAUGCUUUGAGCAAAACGAAAUAA